CACAUUCAUACUCUUACUGUAGACUUGAUAAAAUGCCAUGAAUAUAAAACACUACGUUCCAACUGAAAUUCGUGACGCAGACAAUGGCACAUCACAACGUCUGACAUUUUUUCAAGUCUGACGAGUUCUCUUUAACGUUAUUUAGCCACUAAAAUCUCUCUGUUAGUGUCCCUUGACCUAAGUCUGUUUAAUAAAUCACCUCAUCUUUAUCUACAGCCUUGAUGAACUUCACACAGAUCAGAACAUGAUUUUCUAUUUUGAAGGCCAAGUAUAAAAGCAUCAGGCAUGAUGGUGAUAUAAAACCCAUCAGAUACUGAAAUGAUCAUGAAACUCCGUCACUGCACUGAAACCAUCAUCAGUUCGCUUUAGCAGAAACAACAUGAAUGUUAAGUGGAUCGUCGCUCUCACACUUCUGUUAAUUGCCGACAAAGACGGCGUUUUGGGAAAAGACACACGAGUGAAACUUUGUGGCCGUGAGUUUAUCAGGAUGGUUGUGACAUUGUGUGGAAGUUCACGACUGAGACGCUAUGCUCCUGAGAUUAGCCCUGUGUCCAUCAGUCCUUACGCAUUACAAUACAACAGUGAUCUGUUUUCCAAUCUGACACAAAUAAAGAGCACCAGUGAAGAUCAGACCAUCAGCAAAUCACCAGAAAAAGUGUUAAACUCUUCAGUGUCAUUGUUUCUCAAAAUCAUGGAGUCUACAGAACAUUCGAGCUCCAGGCUGCAGCGUGACGUUGGUCCUGCAGGAGUGUGCUGCAGAUCCGGAUGCACCAAGACUGAGCUGGUUCAGUACUGCUGAACAUAAACACUCAACACUGCUGAACAUAAACACUCAACACUGCUGAACAUAAACACUUGUAAUAAACGCUUUGUUUCCCCACUUUGUUUGCAGUAAAUGUUUAUCUCCAAAUUCAGAGCAGCUUUCUGUGUGUUUUCAUUGUGGUGAUGUAAUCAGAAAUAGAACACAACUGAGUUCAUACAUUUAUUUACAUUAUUUAGCAGACCCCCUUAUCCAGAGUGACUUACAACUGAGCAACUGAGGGUUAAGGGCCUUGCUCAGGGGCCCAGCAGUGGCAGCUUGGUGGACCUGGGGUUCGA